UGUUAAUAUUGUUAAGACUUGGUCAAAAUUAAAUUAAAACAACCUUAUUUAACGUAUAAUUACCGUAACUAAGUAAUUUUAAAUUAUUGUUGAUAUUCUUGCAAUUUGUGUAAUACGGAGAAUAUUUAAAAAUGCAAGAUACUAGACCAGAACUUUACGAAGAAGUUAAACUUUACAGAAAUGCUAGAGAACGCGAAAAGCAUGAUAAUAUGGCAGAGUUAUAUGCAGUAGUGAGCACAUUGCAGCAUUUAGAAAAGGCAUACAUGAGGGACUGUGUGCGCGCACAGGAGUACAUGGCUGCCUGCAGUAGACUGCUUGUGCAGUAUAGAGUGGCUUUCAAACAGGUGCAGGGAGAUGAGUUUCCCACUAUAGAAGCUUUUGUUACCAAGUUCCGGCUGGAUUGUCCGGCCGCGUUGGAGAGGAUACGUGAGAACCGACCUAAUCUUAUUAAAGAUGACAAAGGCAACACAAAUAAAUACAUUGCAGAAAUUGUGUCUUUGUUCAUAACUCUAAUGGACAAGCUGAGGUUGGAGCUACGCGCCAUGGACAUGAUCCAGCCGGAGCUGCGUGACCUGAAGGACACCAUGGAUCAUCUCAGCAUGCUGCCCGAGGACUUUGAAGGCAAAGUCAAGGUACAAGAAUGGUUAGACAAGCUGUCAGAGAUGUCGGCAGCAGAUGAGCUGUCGGAGAGUCAAGUAAGACAGCUCGUGUUUGACCUGGAGACUUCUUAUGGAGCAUUCAACAAAUUCCUACACAAGGACUGAUUAAGUGAUCAUAUAAAGAGCUCAAAAAUGCUUGUUAUAAUAAUUAAAUAUUAAGUCAUUUUUUAUAUCUCAAAUGAAUUUAAGAUUAUAAGCAUUUAUGCAAAUAAUGUCAUACAACUUUUACACACUUUAUAAUAAGUCUGCAUAAUAUUUGAUUGGAAAAGCCUCUUAAGAGAUUAACUGAAGAGUUUGUACUAAUUGAUAAAACUAUUGGUCGUAAUUUAAUAAUUCUUUUUCUAUUUGAUAGCCCAAUUAAUAAAGUUAUUGAUUUUCUAACAUCAUGCUAUAUCUUAAGGAAACUGGAAUGGACGGAGACAAUUAAAUUACUUUAAAUAGGUUAUAAGGCUCUAUUGCUCACCUGAAUGGUGUUCUUAUAGUAAUAUACAUAAUAUAUUUCAAAAUAGAUUAAAUUGUUUAAACUUU